UAUGUUGAUUGGAUAGAACAACAAUGGGGUGUUAGACGUCAAAGAGCGAUAACAUAUCCAGAACUUGACCAAGCCCUAAAAGAAUUUGUGCUAAUUUAUCAAAAUAACCCAAUUUUAAGUGAUGCAAUAUUUGUCAAAAAAGCCAAACUACUUGCCAAUAGCUUGGGAAUUUCUGAGAGUGCAUUAAACUUUUCUCAUGGUUGGCUUGAUAAGUUUAAAGAUUGA